CUCUUAUACACGGCUCUAAUUAAUAUUUUUGACAAAUUAUCUCGCAAAUCGUUGACUCUAAUCGGCCCUAUAACGGCAAUUGGCCGAACAUAAUCUCGCAGCCAUGCAUGGUUAGGCAUUAUGCAUUUUAUAUAGUGCCGUGCACAUAAGGGCAAAUUAUAUAAAUCUCCACAAUUCUAAUUUGCCCCACCUGUCCUCUUUAACAACAAUUUAUAACCAUCUAUCCAUCAUGACAACGUUUAUUGCUGAUUCUGAAGCUCCAAUCAUUGUCUUGUCUGCCAAGAAACAUUUCGAACAAUUACCAACUCUUGACGCUAAACGUUAUGCCCAUCAUCUUUCAAGAGCUUCUCAUUAUGGUACCAGAGCUGUCUUGAGAUCAGUUUCCCCAGAAAGUGAAGCUAUCUAUGACUUGAUUCUUAGUAUCCAUGCUCAAUUGGGGUCUCCAAGCUCCAAUGAAGUUUAUGAACUGAUUUUACAAGAAAGAGGUAUCGCUUCAGCAAUCACCAUCAAAUAUCUCGAAUAUGCCUCUCAAUUCCUUUCCAAUUUGGGGAAUUAUAAAUCUUUUGGUGAUAAAAAAUUCAUUCCAGCUUUGGAAGUUACUCAAUUAGAUGAUUUGGUCAAGGCCAUUGAUUCCAAGGAUGUUUCUGAACUUUAUUCUCAAGUCCGUACCCCACUCUAUAGUGUUGAUGCUUCUCUUUUAGGUUGGGCCACUGAGGGCCAUAUUACCAACUAUUAUCCUGAUUCCAUUGUUUCUCAAUCGGAAGCUGAAUUGGUUAAUGCGGCCUUGGCUUCAAAGGGAAUCAUGCCAGAAAACACAAGAGUCACAAAGGUGAAAGAAAACGAGUUUGUUGUGGCUAUUGCAAGUGCAAACACUGCCAACAAUACUUCAUAUUACCCAAAGGAACCAUUCACUUUUGAAGGAAUCACUGUUUCAUUCCAUUUCGGUGAUCAUUCUAAGGAAUUUGCCAAGAUUGUAGAAGAAUUGAAAUUGGCUGCUAAAUAUGCUGCCAAUGACACUCAAAAGAGUAUGCUUACUCAUUAUGCUGAAUCGUUUGAAACUGGUUCCAUGAAUGCUCAUAAGGCUUCUCAAGUCGAUUGGGUCAAGGAUUUGAACCCACUCGUUGAAUCCAAUAUUGGGUUUAUUGAAACUUAUAGAGACCCAUCGGGAGUCCGUGGUGAAUGGGAAGGUCUUGUUGCCAUGGUUAACCAAGACCGUACUGCCAAGUUUGCCACUUUGGUUUCCAACGCUUCCAGUUUGAUUCCUUUGUUGCCUUGGGAUAAGCUUUAUGAAAAGGAUACCUUCACUCCACCAGAUUUCACUUCAUUGGAAGUGUUAACUUUUGCAGGUUCUGGUGUCCCAGCUGGUAUCAACAUUCCUAACUAUGACGAUGUUAGAUUGAACGUUGGUUUCAAGAACGUUUCCUUGGGUAAUGUUUUAUCUGCCAACCCUAAAAAGCCAAAGAAGGAGGAAGUUAUCACCUUCCUUUCUGAAUCUUUGCAAGAACCAUUCCGUAAAUGGAGAGAUGAUGCAUUUGAAGUUCAAGUUGGUUUACAUGAACUUUUAGGACAUGGAACUGGUAAGCUCUUACAAGAAACCUCAGAAGGUAAAUUCAAUUUUAACAAGGAAGAACAUCCUGAAGUUACCACUUAUUAUAAAUCCACCGACACCUGGGGGUCUCUUUUCGGCACCAUUGCUGGGUCCUUUGAAGAAUGUCGUGCUGAAUUGGUUGCAUUGUAUCUUAUCUUGAAGAACCCAAAGCAAGUGUUGCCCAUCUUUGACAUUGUCAAGGAGGAAGACCAGAAGGAAGUUAUGUUGAUUGCAACUGUUUUAAUGUGUCGUGCUGGUCUCCUUGCAUUGGAAUUCUGGGAUCCUAAGUCCAAGAAAUGGGGACAAGCUCACAUGCAAGCUAGAUUUGCCAUUUUCCAAACUCUUCGUAAUGCUGGUGUUUGUUCUCUUAAGUAUGAAGAUUCCGAAUUCAAUGAUUUAGAAAUCACUUUUGAUGAAGAGAAAUUGACUACAGUUGCUGUUGAAGCCUUGGGUGACUUUUUACACAAGUUACACGUUUACAAAUGUUCUGCUGAUGUAAAGAAUGGUGAAGCCUAUUAUGUUGGUAUUACCACUGUUGGCGAAGAACUUGCUCAAUUCAGAGAUGUUGUUUUGAGAAAGAAAUUGGCUCGUAAGCAAUUGAUUCAAGCUAACACUUUUGACAAGGAGGAUACUGUUGAAGUUCGCGAAUAUGAAGAGUCUGAAGUUGGUAUGAUUCAAAGUUUUGCUGAUAGAAAUGUCUAAAUAAAAUAAUAAUAUAAUGAAGGGUAUGGC